UGUGUCCCCCCAGUUCUCCACUCCCUGCGUUACCUGCAUGUGGCGGUGACGGAGCCCAGCCUGGGGAUCCCUCAAUUCAUGGCCUUGGGAUACGUGGACGGGAUCCCCAUCAGCCGCUACGACAGCGAGCGGGGCCGGACGGAGCCGCUGACGCCGUGGAUGGCGGCCGGAGCCGAGCCGGGAUAUUGGGAUGGACAGACCCAGAUUGCUGAGGGGAACCGGUUCAUUGCUGCCACCGACCUGGAGACAGUGGGGGGCCGGUACAACUGGAGUGGGGGUCUCCACACGUGGCAACGGGUUGCUGGCUGUGACCUCCUGUCCGACGGGAGCGUCCGUGGAUCCUAUCGGUACGGCAUCGACGGGCGGGAUUUCAUCUCCUUUGAGCCGGGAUCCGGGAGCUUCGUGGCGGCCGAUGGAGCUGCCCAGAUCACCAAGAGGAAAUGGGAACACGAUGGGAUCGAGGUGGAGAGAUGGACAAAUUACCUGGGGAACAUCUGUCCGGAAUGGCUCCAGAAAUACGUUGGAUAUGGGCGGGAGGCGCUGGAGCGCAAAGGUGAGGGAGACAGAAUUCCCAUGGGAAUGUGGGAUUUGGGAGGGUGGGAUUUGGGAGGGUGGAACUAA